AUGGUGUCAGCUUCCCCCCAGGACGGCCGCAGACGCAAACACAGCGAGAUCAACCAUGAUUACAGAGAUCGAAUGAAGAGGCUCAAGACUAUCCUCGCGAUACUGCUGGCACCCGCAGGCCCAUAUGACCUCGACUUUCCGACCUUUGGUAGUGCCGGAAUCCAGGAAAUAAAAACUUUCAUCCAAGGGAUUGACGAGCACGCCGAAUGGGCGCUAUCGAAUGAGGAGCGUGGCCAGCUCGCAGUCGAUGCAGCUAUGGCAGCGGGUCCCGGUGGCCAGUCAUACGCCUUGAUGGCUCUCGCGUUCUUGAUCCCGGACCUGAUGGCGGUCCCGUCGACGGUGAUUCGAAUCACCGAGUUUCAGACCCUUCAGGACACCCUAGCAACUAAAUUCUCUCGUCCUAUUCAUUAUCGUGCUAGCGGUUCAGAUACCUCUCCCUUGGGCCAUCGAUUCGGGAUCAGCCCAUUCUGGUUGUAUCUCGAGGAACAUGCAACUAAAGAGAUCAACGUCUACGACUACUCCGUCAAAAAUAGCGCCGAUAGAACGCGACGGUGCACCGUCAAGCAAGCGAUGGCCCACUGGGAGGAGCGCCCCCGCAACGAACGGUCCGCAUUGAAUCUGCUGGAUAUCGAGAAUCGAUCGCAAACCCAGUACUAUCCACAAGCACUCCGCCCAUAUGACCUAGAGGGGAUCCUUUCUCGGAGGGACGCCGGGGCUAUCGGGAAAACCGACUCCCAAUGGAAAGGGAGCGACCAGCGUGAGUUUUUCCUGAUGAGCGAGAAAAACGCGGUAUCCUCCAUCCACGUGGAUACCGGUGCCCAGGUCACCUGGGUCCAGAUCCUCGCAGGACGGAAGAUCUGGUACUUUCCGCGCGACCUAACCGGGAGUACGAGGUGCCUGGCACACGGGGGCUCUCUGGAAUAUCAACUCUUCGAUGCUGGCUGGGCCAAGGUAGAGCUCCGCGCAGGCGAUCUUUUGAUCAUGCCGCCGAGUUGUCCACACGCUGUGUUCACGCCAGAGGACUGCCUUGCGGUUGGAGGCCAAGUCUACACCGCUGCUCACCUGAGCUCCUCUCUCGAUGGGCUCCGGAUGCAGGAGGCGUUCCCCGCCAUCAGCAAUGAAGACGUCAAGGCCGACACCUAUCACCUCCUCUCCUGCAUUUUCACCACCCUGGAAAAAAUCUCCAUGGAGAACCGCAUUAUUCGUGAAUCUCUGCGUCCAGCCGCGCUGGCCAUCUCGACCUCUGCAUACCUCGAAGCCCUCGACGUGAAUAUGGCCAACUCACAACCUGCACCCUCAACCGUGGGCACGGCCAAGUCCACCAAGUCGACCAAGCCUACGCACUCCACCGUCGAUACGGCCACCCUACAACCCGCGAAGCGUGCAAAGCCGGCGCGCUCCACUGCCGAUACGACGAACACGGAGCACGGGCUCUCCGAAUGGGAAUCCUCGCGAACCGCACAGCGUGUAGAGCAACGGGGGUCGGCACAGUCGUUGAUUGACCUGACGGCUCGUAAGACACUUGUGGAGAUUCUCACGGAGCGCGAGAAACGGUACCAUGUGGCAAUCGGACUCAUAGACGCGCCACAGGAGUAG